AUGGCGACAGUUCUAGAGAUAGAACAGGAGCAACCCAAGAUCAGCAAGGUUGAAGAAGAAGAGAUUUCACCCAUCGAAGAAGUUAGAUUAACAGUAUCUACCCUUGAUGAUCCAACACUACCAAUAUGGACAUUCAGAAUGUGGGUAUUAGGUUUAAUAUCAUGUGCUGCUCUAUCAUUCAUCAACCAAUUCUUUUAUUACCGUACAGAACCGUUGAUUAUAACUCAGAUUACUAUUCAGAUUGCAAGUUUACCUAUUGGAAAAUUCAUGGCAUAUGCAUUACCAACAACUAAGUUUCAUAUACCUGGUUUAGGAGAUUGUUCGCUUAAUCCAGGUCCAUUCAAUUUGAAAGAACAUGUUUUGAUCUCUAUGUUUGCGAAUGCUGGGAGUGGUUUCGGUCAAGGUCCCGCUUAUGCAAUCGGUAUUGUUGAUAUUAUUAAAGCUUUUUAUAAGAGGAAAAUCUCCUUCUUAACAAGUAUGCUUCUGGUUAUUACUACUCAGGUUCUUGGAUAUGGGUGGGCUGGUGUUAUGAGAAAAUAUGUCGUGGAACCUGCGAUUAUGUGGUGGCCUGCAACAAUGCCACAAGUCUCUCUUUUCAGGGCAUUGCAUGAGAAGGAUCCUGGCGAGCAAUGGAUGUCAAAGGGAAAAUUCUUUAUAAUUGCAUGUAUUGCCAGUUUCGUUUGGGCUUUAGUCCCAGGUUAUCUUUUUCCAACGUUGUCAGCGCUCUCUCUGCUCUGCUUUGCAUUCCCUAAAUCAGUCACGGCUCAUCAAAUCGGUUCAGGCAUGCAUGGAUUAGGAAUUGGAUCAUUUAGCUUCGACUGGUCCCUAAUAGCUUCAUAUAUGUAUAGCCCCCUUAUUAGUCCAUUUUUCGCCACAGCCAAUGUCGCUGUAGGUUAUGCCUUGGUCGUGUACGUCGUAACCCCGGUUACUUAUUGGGGUAUGAACUUGUACAAUGCAAAGACAUUCCCGAUAUUUUCACCACACUUAUUCACUUCGCAAGGGAAUAGAUAUAAUAUAUCAGCAAUUGUAAACGACAAGUUUGAGUUAGAUGCACUGCAGUACGCACAACAAGGGCGGAUAAAUUUGAGUACGUUUUUCGCGGUCACCUACGGGAUUGGGUUCGCGGCCGUCGCAGCAACCCUGACACAUGUUGGCCUGUUUCACGGAAAAGAGAUUUGGGAUAAAUGGAGAGCUUCAAGAUCUUCACGGAAGGAAAAGGAGGAUAUCCAUACAAGAUUGAUGAAGGAGUACAAGGACAUACCCAACUGGUGGUUCUACCUCAUGCUUGCCGCGACGUUUGUAGUUUCGCUUCUGGUCUGCUUUCUCGCAAAAGAUGAGGUUCAGAUGCCCUGGUGGGCACUUAUCCUUGCCUGCGCAAUAGCCUUGAUAUUCACUCUUCCAAUCAGCAUCAUCACUGCUACUACGAAUCAGACACCAGGACUGAACAUCAUCACAGAAUAUCUAAUGGGACUUAUGCUACCUGGAAAGCCAAUUGCAAACGUAUGCUUCAAAACAUAUGGGUAUAUAAGCAUGACCCAAGCCAUAGCCUUCCUCCAGGAUUUCAAGCUAGGGCACUACAUGAAGAUUCCGCCGAAAUCAAUGUUCUUAGUUCAGCUCAUCGGAACCAUCAUAGCUGGAGUAAUCAACACCGGGACAGCGUGGUAUAUGCUGAACUCUGUCAAGAAUAUUUGUCAAGAUGAUCUCCUUCCAGCUAAUAGCCCAUGGACGUGCGCACAAGAUCGAGUUUUUUAUGACGCAUCUGUAAUCUGGGGUCUGGCAAGCCCAAAGCGAAUCUUUGGCGUGGAUGGAAAUUAUAUAGCUCUAAACUGGUUCUUUCUCGGGGGUGCUCUAGCUCCAGCUUUGGUUUGGGUACUACAUAGGAAAUUCAAAAAACAAACCUGGAUUGCCUUGAUCAACAUGCCAAUCAUUCUGCAAGCGACCGCAAUGAUGCCACCAGCUUCGUCUGUAAACCUGAGCUCAUGGAUAGUGGUGGGAGUCAUCUUCAACUAUUUCGUUUUUAAGUACCGCAAAAAUUGGUGGCAGAGGUAUAAUUAUGUUCUUUCUGCUGCCUUAGACGCUGGAGUGGCUAUCAUGUCGCUAUUCAUAUACUUUGCCCUCAGCGGUACGACACUGAACUGGUGGGGCACAGGUGGUGAGUAUUGUGACUUGGCUACUUGUCCGACAGCAAAGGGCGUGGUCGUUGAUGGUUGUCCAGUUUUCUGA